AUGACAGGAUCAGCUCUUACAACAUUGAACCUUGAUGGUCUCCCAAAAAUUGCAGAAGGGAAAGUUCGAAAUCUCUAUGAGAUCGACGAGAAGACUCUCCUGUUCGUCGCAUCAGAUCGCAUUUCAGCUUAUGACGUGAUUAUGAAAAAUGUAUGCCUUCCCUCUUCUACUAUUUCAUCAUAGCUUACAAUAUGCAUAGGGCAUUCCCUCGAAAGGCGCUCUUCUCACUCUCCUUUCUGCACAUUGGUUUGAGGUUCUCACUACGUUGAUCCCCGAUCUCAAAACUCACUUCCUUACUCUCUCCAUUCCCUCCUCCCUCUCCUCAUCCCAGCACAACCUUCUCCGGAAUCGAUCUAUGCAAGUCCGCAAACUCAAGAUCUUCCCCAUUGAAGCCAUCGUACGAGGUUACAUAACCGGUUCCGCCUGGAAAGAAUAUCAAAAGUCAUCUACUGUCCACGGAAUCCAAAUCCCCGCAGGCCUGCGAAACUCUGAAGCCUUCCCCCAAGGAGCUAUCUAUACCCCUUCUACCAAAGCGGAAGCUGGGGAAAAUGAUGAGAAUAUUCAUCCUUCAAAGGCAGCCGAGAUCGUGGGCGAGAAGUAUGCGCAGCGCAUCGAAGAUUUGGCAAUCAAGCUAUACACUACUGCCCGAGAUUAUGCUGCUGAACGAGGCAUUAUCAUCGCGGAUACCAAAUUUGAGUUUGGAUUGGAUGAGGAGACCGACGAGGUAGUCCUCGUAGAUGAGGUUUUAACGCCAGACUCGAGUAGAUUCUGGCCUGCAUUCAAAUACGAGGUUGGAAAGGAGCAAGAAAGUUAUGAUAAACAGUUCUUGAGGAACUGGUUGACGAAAGAGGGGCUUAAAGGCAAACAAGGAGUUGCAAUGCCAGAUGAGAUUAUGUCACAAACUGCCGAAAAGUACCGAGAGGCAUUUGAGAAAUUGACCGGCAGAAAAUGGGAAGACGCCCUGAAAGAAGGCGAGACUAAAUGAGUGUAUCAUAUGAAUAAAUAGGAAGCAAUAGAGCAAUGAGGUAUACCCCGACGAGAUCUUUUG